UUUUCGAGGGGAGGAGAAGGGCAACGACCACGGACGGCGAGGCAGAUAGACGGCUGUAGUGUGAUAGUGAGGUGGGAUUUAAGUGGUGGCCGUAAGUGUAGGAAGGAAUUUUGGAGCUCUAGCUUCGAACCUUGAAUGAGGCUUGAAAAUUGGUGAUCGUACAUCUUCUUUGAACGAGAAGAAGAAAGCAGCAAAGAAAAGAUCAAGCAAGAUGCCUCGCACACUCAAAGUAGCAGCUGCACAAAUGGGCCCUAUACACCUCACCUCCAAACGCCCAGAAACCCUCUCCCGCAUGCUCGCUCUCCUAAGAACAGCAUCCAAACUUGGUGCCCAACUCGUACUCUUCCCCGAAACGGCAUUUACGACAUUCUUCCCUCGUCACCUUAUCAAUUCUCAAGAAGAACUCGAUUCUUACUUCGAGCACGAAGACAACGUCCCCGAAUCCGCGAACACAAAACCGCUCUUCGACGAAGCGAAAACUCUAGGGAUCGAUAUCUCAAUCGGAUUCGCGGAACGAACUGCUGAUGGAAAGGGGUAUAAUACUAGUAUUUAUUUCUCGGCAAAGAAAGGAGAAGUAAUUGCCAAAUACAGAAAGGUCCAUUUACCAGGCACGAAAGAACCAUUCGCAAACCCUGACGCCGUCAACCAGCUUGAAAAACGGUAUUUCGAGCCAGGAAAUCUAGGGUUCAAAGCUUUUCGAACCCCGGACUUGAUUCCGGGAGCUGCAAAAAAAGAGAGUGGAAUUAAAGAGCAUGGAAAGGGAGAUCCGAUUAUGGGAAUGAUGAUCUGCAACGACCGUCGCUGGGCUGAAGGCUGGCGCUGCUACGGACUUCAAGGAGUCGAGAUCGUGCUGUGUGGGUAUAACACUGCAGGCUUUGCUCCUGAUCUCUGGGGAACUCGGAAACCGAUGAUUCCAGAAGAAGCCGAGAAGGACGCAGUGUUCCAUCACAAGCUGGUGAUGCAAGGGAACUCGUAUAUGAAUAGUUGUUUCUCGAUCAGUGCGGCAAAGGCGGGGUUGGAGGAUGCGAAGUACGAUUUAAUUGGGGGAAGCUGUAUUACGAGUCCAGAGGGACAUGUGUUGGCGGAAGCGAAGACGAAGGACGAUGAGGUUGUGUUUGCAGAGAUUGAUUUAGAGGAUUGUAGGCAGGGGAAGGAGAAGACUUUUGAUUUUGAUAGACAUAGGAGGGUGGAUCAGUAUGGACCGAUUACUAUCCAGACUGGAGUUGUGGAGCCUGAGCUAUUGUAGAGAAAUAGUGCAUAGAUAAUAAAAAAUGAAUGGAAACUGAGAUG